AUGUUUGAUCUAUUCGGAGACAGGGACACAUCCUCUGCAGCGGAAGAGUUGCUCUCACCUUUACAGGCCGCCGUUAAUACCGAAGAUGUGGACCAGGUGCGCCAAUUAGCCAGUACCGCAGACCCCGACGAUCUGAGUGCGGCUCUUUGCCGAUCUUGCCAGCAGAACAAAACAAACGCGGCCCGGACUCUCCUUGAGACUGGGCAAUGUGAUGUCAAUGCGGCAGUGGAUGGAGAUACACCUCUGUUCCUGGCAGCAGAAAAGGCCAAUCUAGCUAUAGUGAAGCUAUUACUUCGUCAUGGUGCUGACGUUACAACCAUGUCUAAGAACAAGCGGGAGAAGCCCCCGAGAUUUACGCCCCUUCACGGAUUGGUGGACGGCAUACCUCAUCAUCAAAAGCUAGAGGACCUGUCUCGCUACGAGGAGCUGAUGCAGAUACUUCUUGAUGCAGGAUGCGAUAUCAAUGCACAGGACGCCCACGGCAAUACUGCACUAUUGCUCGCUUUUCAUAAAGAGGUCCCCUUGAUCUUAUUCCUCUUGCAACACGGAGCAGACCCUCAUAUCGCCGAAGAUAGGGGAGGAACACCUGCGCAUUUCUUCCACAGCCCACUAGACCACCCAGAGUGGUUGAAGACCCUCAUGGCCCACGGAGCACGUCUGGACAUUGUUCGCGACGAAGGAGGUGACACCCCGCUGCAUGCUUACGCAUCAAAGCUUCAGCUUGGCGACCUCUCGCUAUUUCGGCCUUUUGUAUCGGACUGGAGCAUCACUGAUGCCAAGGGAAACACACUUCUCCAUACCGCCGUUGCGAAGCAUCGCCGCGGGAGUGCAACUGUUGCUGAACUCUUGAAUCUUGGGCUUGACCCGCACCAGAGAAACAACAAAGGCCGACAACCUAUUCACAUGGUUGAUGGAUCAGGAGAAGAUCUCCAUGAUGUGUUGGACGUUCUAUUUGCUGCUGGUGCAGACCUCGAGGCCAAGGACUACAAAGGAUGCACACUCCUCACCAAGGCCAUGCUUGGCUAUCCGCAGUGGAACUGUCGCGAACUUGUCCCGUAUCUCAUCAGCCGUGGGGCCGAUAUCAACGCACAGGACUACAAAGGCAACGGAGUGUUGUCAUUCUUGAUCCAGCCUUACGAAUUCCAGACGGAGUACUUAGAAUUCCUGCUUUCUCAUGGUGCAGAUCCAAAAAUGCCAAACCACGAAGGAGACACCUUGCUGCAUAACCUCGCAGCCAAGUUUGCGACCAUUAGAGAAGACACUGCUCUCUCCGCCAUAUUGAAGCUUCUCAAGAUGGGUAUUUCGCCCACCGUCCGUAACUUACAAGGUCGGACCGCUCUCCAUAUGUUGUGCAGCCAGUCAUCGGAUCAUCUAUUUGCUGCCGCCGCAGACAGAGGCAAGUGUGCGAUCGACUUGCUUCUAGAUGCCGGCUUUGAUUCGGCCAUGAACAUACCUGAUCAUGAUGGGAUUAGGCCAAUUCACCUGGCAGCUACAGUUUCAGAGCACUUGGUCGGAAAGCUGAUCGCCCGCGGAGCUGACGCUAUGUCUCACACCAAAGAGGGCCGAAACAUACUGCAUAUUGCGUCCACUGCGCGCCAAAGCAACGUGGUUGGGUUACUGCUAGACUACUACGAUGCCGAAUGCAAGACCUCGCUAAUCGAUGCUCAGUCAAAACACGGGAGAACGCCGUUGCAUGUUGCCUGUCGCUCAGGAAGAGUGGAAACAGUGAAUCUCCUUCUGGCACAUGGGGCAGAUAUCAGCAUCAAAGACAAAAGCUACACGCCUUUGGAUGCAUGCGCUGAGUCUCUGAUCGAGGAACAGCUUUGGCAAGGAGCCGAUGAUCUAGAAAAUACGAUGAAUACGCGCUCUGCUGCGGGAGUUCUAGAAGAAGACGAUGAGAGACCAAAGCAACCCAUGUCGCCCAAUAAACAUUUGCGUGAGAAUCCCAGGAAGAUAGGAUGGAAAGGAGAGAUUACUUCCGAAAGCUCUACGAUCGGCAUUGGACGUAUCGUUCGAGCGUUAGUCUCCCACGGUGCCCUUGCGCACAUCUCGGGAUCUGGAAAUGAUCCUAUGUAUCAUGCAGUAUUUCAGGGCAACGAAGAAAUGGCUGCGGAGCUCGAUAGAGCAUUACGGGAGUCAGGCAUCCAACCUGGCAAAUCUCGUUAUCGCACUAUUGAAACAGAGUGCCUUCUGCUGCGCUCCCAACACCUGCCAGAAAUGUUACAAGAGACAUUUAGAAGAUAUGUCUCCGCCAGAGACGUUGUUUCCAUGGUACUACAGGGACAUCAUCGAGAGGUUGUGGAGGCUUUAGAGAAGUCAACUACUAGCGUCACAGAUCUGUCUUCCUUACCUGAAAUUUUGAUGGCUCUCGCGAGAUGGGGAUAUUCAGACCUCUUUGAACGCAUUGGUAGUAUCAGAGCAGGCAACAGUUGGAUAAACGGUGGUGACAUCAAUCGCUUGGAAAAACCAACCUCAUACCUUCUGACUGCUGCCCAGCGAGAGCUGCCCAAUUUGGACGUAAUCAAAGUGAUGGUUGAGAAAUUCCAUGCCGACGUCAACAUCCGAUUUGAAGCAGACAUGGUAGAUAUCCCCAAGGUCUACUACCAAUCGAAGAUGAAACUAGCCCGCCACUACAAGCCGGGCGACACGAUUCUGCAUCAGUUGGCCCAAGGCACGCAUUGGUGGUACGAAGAGGCUAUCCGCUACCUUUUACAACAUGGAGCCGACCCUAACGCCCGCAAUGACCAGGGAAAUACACCACUGAGCAACGCAGUACUACAAGGAGAACUUGGUGGACACCGGCAACAUAUAAUCGCUCAAAUUUUACUUGAGGGUGGUGCUGAUCCCAACAUCACUGCGUUGUGUGGUCUGACUCCCCUGUCCCUGUCAGCACAUAACACACAAUUGUUCCAACUAUUACUCAACAAUGGAGCCAUUCCUUCCCAAGACCACCCGAUGGAGCUGUUUUCUGCUUUAUCUAGAUUCAAUAGCGACGUGCUUUCUACUUUGUUAGAUAUGGGCCUGGACUGCAACAAUACAGUACUAUCUGAUGCCCAGCCACAUUGGCAUACUCAUCGUUGUCCAAAAAACCCAUCCAAUAAACCUUUUGUUCUGCACCCUUUGCACUACAUCUCCCUGUUGCAAUUCAAUGAAGCUCACAGCCGUGACCAUGCAUCCCGCAUGAUUCGGAUCCUACUGGAUCGUGGGGCAAACCCUUUCCUCCACUGCAACAGAAACGAAAAAAUGAUUCUGCACGAGAUUUUUAGCCAGGGUGGAGUCAUUCAACCUUGGUUAGAGAUGGAAGACCUGGAGCUUGAGACACGCGAUCCUACGGGGAGAACAUUGCUCUUGGCAGCGGCAGGCUGUAUAAUUGGAACCAACUCAUAUGCAUGCGUACUUCCAGCGUUCCCAUUCCGAGGAGGAUGGUCUUCACCGGCUGCUUGGCAGGAGGGCGAUCCCACGCGUGCGAUGACAUUGUAUGAACGGGGAGCGGAUCUUACCGCUUCUGAUAACAAUGGUGACAACGCGUUGCAUCACCUGGCAGGCCUUGAAACUUCACAGGAUCAUUUUUUUAGAGUCGAAGCUCUACGAACGCUGAAAUUAUUUGCAGAGAAGGCACCAGAGCUGGUCCAUCAGACCAAUGCGGAUGGGAAGACUCCCAUGUCGCUUGCAAAGGAGAAUAACCGGUCAUGGGCGGUAGAAGCAUUGCAGUUAUAUGAAGUAAAUGACCAACAAUAA